GCCCUCGGCGGGAGGAGUUAAGGACCGAGUCCCGGGGGGCCUCUAUCGUCAGCCCGGCAGGAAGAAACGGGAGGAGCGGGCUGAUCACCCGAGGGUGGGGCGGCUCCAGGCUCUUGCCAGCUGAGGAGGAGGAAGGGAGGCCGCGAGGGUCGAGCGGACGGGAGCAGAUGGAGCGCUCUGCGGCCGACAAGCUGGCCACGGCCGCGGCCAGGGGCCGUGCGGAGGAGGUGCGGGCCCUGCUGCAGGCGGGGGUGCCGCCCAACGCACCGAACCGCCUAGGCCGCCGUCCGAUCCAGGUCAUGAUGAUGGGCAACACUCGCGUAGCCGAGCUCCUGCUGCUCCACGGUGCCGAGCCCAACUACGCCGACCCCGUCACCCUCACCCGACCGGUGCACGACGCCGCCCGGGAGGGCUUCUUGGACACGCUGGUGGCGCUGCACCGGGCCGGGGCGCGGCUGGACGUGCGCGACGCGUGGGGCCGCCUGCCCGUGGACCUGGCUGAAGAGAAGGGCCACCUCGACGUCGCAGGGUACCUGCGCGCGGCCGCGGGGGACACCGAAGGUGGUCUCCACGCCAGCGCCAGGGCCGCGGAAAGUCCCUCAGAUGGUCACCACUGA